AUUAUCUUGAGCUGCCCUGAGCACAUUACCUAUGGAUUCUGAUUGCUAGAAGGUUUUGUGAAAUGGGAUAUAGAAAAUAAAGAUACAUAUAUCAAAAUGGCUGGACAACUGAAUCUACCUGAAAACCCAGAUGACUGGACACCUGAAGAUGUUUAUCAGUGGGUAACAGGAAAACUUAAGCUUGACUCCAAAUAUGGGGAGAUCUUGAAAAUGGAAGAAAUGAAUGGAAUGAGUUUAAAACAAUGCAUUAAACAGGAUCUUAUUGACAUGGGCAUAAAACAUGGACCUGCCCUUCAAAUAAUAAAUAUGUUUAAGAAAUUGAACUCUGAAUAUUUUAAGCAGACAUUGGAAGAAAAAGAUGGCCAAAAAACUGAAGACCAAUGUGUGACAGAGGAGAAAAAUAGGAAAAGAAAAAGGAAUCAAACAGACCCAAAGACAGACACUAGCACCAAAUCCAAGGAUGUCUGUGAAUCAUCAGAGGUCAAGCCUGCUAAAGAAACUGAAAAUGACCCUAAGGAAACAAAGGAUGAUCUGCCACGCCCAGGGCGGCCAUGUUCACCAUAUCCUUUUGACAACUUCCAUAAAAGCUUUUGGUACAAAGAGCAUGAUAUUAUUAUCCAACCCGAAACAGGGUUACUCAAUCUUAUCGAUCCAGUCCAUGAGUUUAAGGCUCUGACUGAAACAGAGGGAGCCACAGAGAAUGACAUCAAGAUGAAAUUUAGCAAUGAAGUCUUUCGAUUUGCUUCAGCCUGCAUGAAUUGCCGCACCAAUGGCACUAUCCAUUUUGGAGUAAAGGACAAACCUCAUGGAGAAAUUGUUGGAGUGAAACUCGGUGGGGAAGAUAAAAGUGCAUUUGUUGACCACCUCAAUAAGAAGAUCGAGGACUAUUUUGGUAAGGAGGAUGUUAGGGAAGCAAAGCAGUGCAUCAGGCCACCAAGGUUUGUAGAGGUCUUGUUGAAGAACAAUACCACAUCUGAUAGAUUUGUCAUUGAAGUAGACAUCAUUCCAAAACACUCCAUUUGUGAAAAAAAAUAUUUCCCAAUUAAGAUGCAAACUUGUAAAGGAAACAAAUGGGAGAAAGCUACGGAAUUCUCUCUGUUCGUGAGGGAUGGUGCUAGUUCUAAAGACAUCUAUGCUAAUCCAAAGCAAAAAGAUGGACAUUUUAAAGUGUUUUUAUCAAAUUUAGAAUCACUGGAUAAAUCCAGAAAAGCCGAAGAAGACUUUCAACCAAAAGAAGCAAAAACAGAAAGCGAGGGAAGAAAACUGGUUCAUCUUCUCACAGGAGACCAAGACUUAGAUAAUUCAUACUAUGACUGGUACAUUCUAGUGGUAAAUAAGUGCCAUCCAAAUCAAAUUGAGUACCUGGACUUCCUAAAGGAAAUGAGAUGGUUUGCUGUGUUAGAGUUUGAUCCUGAAUCUUUGAGCAAUGGGGUUGCCAAAGCUUACAGAAAGACUCGAGCAGCCAAUCUUCACUUCCCAAAUCAAUACCAAGACAAUACAACUUCAGUUAAUGAAAAAAUUGAAAAUCUGAAUCUUUUUAAGCAACCCAGCUGGAUCUUCUGCAACGGCAGGUCAGACAUAAGCACAGAAGAAUAUCAACCUUUAGAACUUAGUUCAUGGUUUAAAAAGAGAGCCACUAAAGUCCGGAAAUUAAUUUCAUUUCUUACAUGUGAAGACAUAAUGCAACCUGGGAAGUUUUUAGUCGUGUUUCUAUUGCUGUCCCCAGUAGAGGAUCCUAGAGAUCCUUUUAUUGAGACAUUUUCUACUUUCUACCAAGAAUUAGGAGGAAUGGAAGACAUACUGUCUAUCUCGGUAGAUCCACAAAUAGGUUCACGAUGGAAAGAACUUUUGGAAUUCAGAUUCUCAACUACCGACCUCACAAACAGAUGCAUUACUACUUUAAGUCUUGAACAGUUAAAUGGCACUAUUCUUUCACUAAAACCUCAGACAGAAUCUCCUUCAAGAUUUUUGCCAUCAAAUGGCUCUUUGAUUGUUCUUCAGAAAAAAGAUGAAGACUCUCUGACAGCAUUGGAAAUCCUCUGUGAAAAUGAAUGCAAAGGUACAAAAAUAGAGAAAGACAAAACUAAAUUCACUGAAUUCCAGAAAUCCCAAGAUGAAUAUUUUUAUCUCGGUGGGAAAGUUUCAUGGUGGAAUUUCUAUUUUUCCUCUGAAAACUAUUCUUCACCUUUUAUCAAAAGGGACAGUUAUAAAAAACUUGAAGAGAUGAUCCAAUCUUUAGCAAAUUCCCCUAGGGAAACCUGUGUAGAAGUAAUCAAUUUGUAUCAUCAUCCAGGCUGUGGAGGGACCACAUUAGCAAUGCAUAUUCUCUGGGAACUGAAGAAUAAAUUCCGAUGUGCUGUGUUGAAAAGUAAAACGUUAGACUUUGAAGAGAUUGGAACACAGGUGACAACUUUAGUCACUUAUUGCUCAGAGAACCACCACUACUUUCCUGUGCUCCUGCUGGUAGAUGAUUUUGAAGAACAAGAAACUGUGUCUGAUUUGCGCAAUCACAUUAACUCAGCCAUUGGCGAAGCCUAUAUUCGAUAUGAGACACCUUUAGUUAUCAUUCUGAAUUGCAUGAGAUCCCAGAGGCCAGAAAAGGAUGCUAAAAAUCCUGACAGUGUUGCAUUGAUAAACAAACUCUCUUGCACAGAACAAAGAGCAUUUGAUUCCAAGUUUCUGGAAAUUGAAAAGAAGCACCAAAAUUGUAGAGAUUUUUAUUCUUUUAUGAUCAUGAAAGAAAAUUUUGAUAGGAAAUAUAUUAAGAAUAUUGUGAAACACAUCCUGAAAGGGUUAAAUGUUGACAGCAAAGAAGGACAAUUGAUUUCUUUCCUGUCUCUGCUUAAUUCUUACAUUUCUGAUUCUGACAUCUCUGUGGUCCAGUGUGAGAAGUUCUUAGAAUUAACUAACCAGAGGGAAUAUUGGAGCCGAAGGUACUUAGAAGACAAAAUGGGAAAUUACUCCAUAAUUCUUAUCCAUACCAAAGAGAGAGAUCAUGGGAGGUAUGAAGGAGUCCGUAUCAUUCACCCCUUAAUUGCCAGACGCUGUUUAGAAGAAUUGAAAUUCACCUCUGAAAUGGCAAAGAGUGAUAUUGCACUGAAGCUACUAAAAGAAGAUGUAUUUUAUCAACCUGGAAUAAGAAGAGACAAAUUUGUACGGAUUGUGCAGAUGCUGCUGCUGAAAAGACAGAAGGAAUACAGUAAAGAAACAUUGAAUCCAAGGAAGGAUAUAAAUACUUUAUUUUCUCCUUUCAUUGUGGACAUCCAGAAGGAGGAAGGGAAUGAUCAGGUUCAGAAAGUCUUAAGUGAAGGAAUUAACAGAUUCGAGCAUUUUGCAUUGAUCUAUCAAGCCUUAGCAAGACACUUUUAUAUUAAUGAAAAUAAUUUUGAAGAUGCCAUUAAUUGGGCACAGAAAGCAAAGAAGAAAAGUCCAGGGAAUUCCUUUGUCUCUGAUACACUUGGUCAAGUCUAUAAAACCCAGUUUAUCUUCUAUAAGGAUAAAAUUCAGCAAGGGAGAAUUGUAUCUCCUCAGGAACUGGAAGGUCUCCUGAGUAUAGCAGUGAAGGCUUCAGAUGCCUUCAAAGAAUCACAGCAAGACAAUGAGAACAGAAACUAUGAAACUGGGCUGUAUCAGAGAUCUAAAAGGAAGGGGGGGAUGUAUAAUACAUCCUGUUACUUGGGAGAAAUAGAAGUUUGUGUGCAGAUAAUUCAGCUUCUAGAGAAAGUCCCCCUUUUUGGUGAAAGAAAUAAGUCACCUCGAGGGGUCAUCUUCCAACUCUUGUGUAGAAAGAAUGAUUUUCUAUUCGAACCUUCAAUUCAGCAGAAUGAAUAUUACCCAGCAAUCAAAAAGUAUGUUCAUUAUUUAAAUGAUCUUCAGCACCGUUUCAAAAUAACUUUUUCUACUCUUCAAGACUAUUUUUCUCUUCUGAAAGUAAAAGACAAUGAAAGGGAAAUCGUGGAAGAAAAAACCCAGGCUAAAAUGAAAGGGUUAUUCAGACAGUAUAUGACUAUACUUUCCAACCUAGAUAUUGUACAAUCAGUGGAGAACUCUUUUGGCAAAUCAUUCACAGAGGUGAAACACUGGAGAUAUUUGGAGGCCUCUAAUGCACUUAGGUUUUCUGGACUGCUGAAGUAUCUCACUGAAAAAGAGAAAAAUGCAAGUAAAAUGGAAAAGAUAGUCAAUAUAUACACAUUACUAAUAGAACAAACAAAUUCAAUGUGGACAAGGGAAAAACAGAAUUUCAUCUUGAGCAACAUAAUUCUUAAUUGUUUGAAACCCAAUUCAAAGGUCAUACAGCCCCUUGAUAAACUGAAAGGAAUGCUUCAAGAAGUCUUGCAACAAGUGGGGCCAAAUUACUCCUAUCCAGAUCCUUACUUCCUGGCCACCCUUUUGUUCUGGCCAGAAAACCAGCAACUGGAUCAGAAUUCCAGACAAAUAGGAAGGCAUAUCACAUCACUGAGAAGGUCCUUCGGGGAGCGGUAUGGUCAAAUGUGUAGGAUCAAGCAGCCACUCAUCCAUUUCUACCUUGGAAAGGACAAAGGCCUCAAUCAAUUCAUUCACAGAGAAAAAAUUGAGCAGUGUUUCCAGAAAGAGCUGGACUUAAGUGCCCUUUGGCAACGAGGAGACAUAUGGAGAGAAGAGAAAGUCAAAGAACUCUUGCUUCGUCUCAGCGGCAGGGUGGAAAAUGACUUGGUCUAUGUAGACCAUGGGACUAAAGAAAACUUGGAAAUCCCAGUGCAGCCUGAUUUCUUGGGUCAGCUAAGACGUGGCCGAAGCAUGGAAAGAGUUUCUUUUUACCUGGGCUUUUCCAUUGGAGGCCCAGUAGCUUGUGAUAUAAAAAUGAUUUAAAUUGAGCUUGUGAAAGCUCCUCAGUGUCAUAACCAGCUAGAUAGCCUGUUCAGUUAAGGUAGAUUCACCGCAGAUAUGCUGCUUUGAAGUUGUCUUUAGUGGUUUCUUCUGAACAUUUUCAUAGGAUUUAGAGCUGAAGUGAACCACAGGACCCAUCUACUCCAACCAUCUCAUUUUACAGAUGAGACAAAUGAAGGUCAGUGAGGGGAAGUCAUUUGCCUCAGGUCCCCUAGCUACUAGAUAGCAAAGCCAGUACUGGAAUCCAUUCCCAUCUUUCUGUCCACCAUGUUGCCUCCCCUAUCUUGCUUCCCAACUAGACCGUGAAUGCCUGCAGUAUAAGUACAAUUUCUUCAGUUUGCAGCUCACUUUCUCCAUAACCCAGAACUUUAUAUGAUAUUUACUUGACAUGUAGUUGGUUUUCUCUGUUCCUUUUAAGGAUUUAGGUAUUCAGGAAACAAAGGCGAAAGAUGAGGGAGUAGAAUUUGGUGGGGAAAAAUGGCAAAGAGAAGAUGUAUACCAUAACCUGAAGGACAGCAUCCACUGCAGAUUAAUCAGUAGCAAUAGAUCUUUUUAAUGUUUUUGUAAGACUUUUCUAGAAAUAAAUUUUCUACUAAAAAAAAAAA